CGACGCCUCUGUGAGCCGUCGCUCGGACCGCCUCGCCUCGUCAGUGCAGAAAAACCAAACCAACCAGGAAAUCAAAACUUGCACCGCCACCUAAAACCUAAAACCACGCGGCGGCUGGGACCACUCAACAGUCGCCACCGAGCCCUUCAAAUAAGAGGUGACAGAAGUGCAGUCAUUCUUGAGACACCAACAAUGGCGCAGUACUUUUUUGAGGAGCAGGAACAUACUGCCAUGUAUCAAAAAUACAGACUGCCUUCACCCACUGAAAUCUACGAUCUCAUCCUCAACUACCUGCAGACAAAGAAAGAGGAGCCAUUCACCCUCGCAGUGGAUGUUGGAUGUGGCUCAGGUCAGAGCACAAGGGGACUGGCUUCUCACUUUGAAAAAGUGGUUGGAAUUGAUAUGAGUGAAGCUCAGGUUGAAGAGGCCAAGAAGAUGGAUAGAUCUGAUAAUGUAUCUUACAGACAGGGCCAGGCAGAGGAGCUGGAUUUCAAGGAUGGUUCUGUUGACCUGAUAACCGUGGGAGCAGCAGCACAGUGGUUUGACUUGGAGAAGUUCAUGAAGGAAGUUGACAGGGUUUUAAAACCCAAAGGCUGCCUGGGUCUGUAUUGCUAUACAGUUCCCUGUAUACUGAAUUUUGAUGACUGUUCUGAAACCCUGGCCCAGGUUAUCCAAGACCUGUUCAUUGAACUCAAACUCUAUGAGACCAUAGCAACAAAAAGGGUCUGGAAUGAAUACAGUGAUGUGUUUGAUGCUAUCACUUUCCCUGACAAAGAGAGAGCUGAAGACAUUUAUAUUACAGUGAAGAAACCUGUUUCGUGGUUCGUUGGAUAUCUGAGUUCUUCAGUUUUAUAUCAAACUUACCUGAGGGAGAAGAUGGAAGAUGCUAAGGCCUUCAUGGAAAAUACUGAGCAAAGGCUUCUAAAGGCCAUGCGAGUGUCCAGUGAUACUGUUGUGGAAUUCCGUAUCAAAUAUUAUUGUCUCUUGGCGAGCAAACCUGAGUGAUGUUCUCCGGUCUCCCUCCAGAACCAUUUGUAUGACACAUACUAACUUCUGUCAGCGAACCCUCUGACUCUUCAGGGAUAGGAUUUCAAUUAGAAAUGGGAUCCAGUUUUAAAACAAAAAAUACAAUAAAUAGAUGGAUUCUUUGAGAUGAAA